AUGGACGAAAUAGGUGUUUUUGUCCUUGUUUUCUCCGCCACCAAUGCGGCGCAGGAGGAGGUCAUUGAUGGGAUUCUAGCCAGCCUCGCUAAAAGCGCAUCGUUCCUGGAGCAAGAGCACCGUAACAUCAACCUAGACGGAGUGGUCGGGUACAUCAUCCUGCAGGCGGAGUUGAAGGAAGCAGUGAGAACGUGGCCCCACACUGACCCUCUGAGCUGGUCUCAGCGCACUGCUACGGUAACCCUGGUCAGGAGGCUGGACCAGAGCCUGGCUAAGGCUGUCACCGAGCUGGAGAAGACUGACCCCAAAUACUACAGAGAGUUUGAGCCUCUGUUGAGCUGGACCUUCUGGUCAGUACCUCAUGAGUGGAGCUCCACAGAUCCCUCUCUGGCCUACUCCUCCGGUCGAACCAUGGAGUGUUACGAUGAGACGCAGAGCGACAAGUGUAUGACCCUGCUACUGGGAACAUGGAAGAACAACGGGACUCCUUGCAUCGUGACCAAGUCAUGUCGUGACACAAUGACGAGGUUUGGAUGUCCUAACUACUCCCUCUCUCACCAGCUGCUCUACUUCAUGCUGGGAGCCAAUAGAGGUUGUUCUGCCAUGUUGAAGGGGGACAUGCGUGUGUCGCGUGCUAACCUAACAGAGAGACAGUACCAGGGGACAUUCUGCUCCAACAUGCUGAAGGGAAACAUGGACAUCAUACAGAAGAACUUCACCGGGGAGACCCAGGACAUCUUCAUCGAAAACAUACUGCUGUGUGGAUUGGCUGGUUUCUCUGACUUUCUCAAAGUUGAUUGGCUGCAGCACAUUCUGAGGCUGCAGGAUCAGGAAGUGGGAUGUUUUACACAGCCCCACAGAAGAGUGAAGAGGAGAGAGAGAAUGUUGAAGGAUGGUUGUUCCAGUCACAUAACAGGCGUGUCAGUGAGCGCUCUGGGAGGAUACCUCAACUACUACCUGACAGAGCAGGACAUCACCAAGAGACCACUCACCUGAAUGUCAACCACCCUUCACCUGGAUGUGUUCACCUG